AUGCGAGCGCGGGCGCUGCUCGGCGUGCUAAUAGUAGCGAGAGUCGUAGCAGAGCAUGGUGACACGGUCGCCCAUCGACAAAAUGUGUCUUCCUUGCCGCGCUUCGACAGAGCGAGAUAUCAGAUCCUUCUGGGCAGCACGGCUGGCCGAGUCAGGGAUAACCUUCUAUCUGCGCUCGGUAUAGCCAAUGCAACAUCACCAGAGGACCUCAAUCUUAUUGCAGUGGCUAAUGCGAGUGCGUCAGAUCGGCGUCAAGCCGCUACUGGCUCUGUCGCGCUGGAAGCAAGCGCGAGCUCAGUGACAGAUCUAGGCGAUUUGUUACCCACCGAGAGCCUCGAUGGACGUGUGGCAGUCAAAGCAGCACACUCGAGCUCACAUCAGAUAGUUCUCUCGCAGCCCAAGAAGACUGCGAAUCCAAGUGCCAGAAAGGCAGAUAGAAAAGCGCAGCCCGUCACUGUUACGCGUACCUCCACGAGCACUCUCCAUUCGACGAGUACCAUCACUAUACAUGUCACAAGCACAAAGACCAAACAUAAGCACAAGCACGCUACCACAGCAACUUCAUCGAGCAAGCAGACCCCAUCCGCAACGUCGCGUCCUGCUUCUUGCCACAAACUCUUGUCUGCCACUAGUACUGUCUAUGGCACGGGUGAUCUGCCAAAGCCAACGAGCUUUGUCCAGAAAGAACAAGACUCUAGCCGGCUAACGCUCGACGGCAAUACCUACCGUAUGAUGGGAGCAAAUAUAUACUGGCUAGGACUCGAAGAGAACGUUCAGCCAUCGCCUUCUUAUCCUGAUCGAUCAAGGGUGCUCCAAGCCAUGGCCAUCAUGGUCGCUAUGGGCGGCAACACCAUUCGCGCAGCGACGUUGGGAAUCUCGUCCGGUCACCCGCUGACCGCACAGCCCGAAAUGGGCUCAUGGAAUGAGGACGCCUACGAAGCCAUCGACUAUGCCAUAUAUGCUGCUGGCCAGUACGGCAUCAGACUUGUCAUCCCUCUCACGGACAACUACCAAUACUAUCAUGGAGGCAAAUAUGACUUUAUAGAUUGGGAGACUGGCAGCACGAGCAAUAGCUGGGCUUUUUAUACGGAUAGCAGCGUCAUAGCUGCAUAUAAAGCCUGGAUCAAGGAGCAUCUGCACCACGUCAACCGCUACACAGGCGUCGCGCUCAAGGACGAUCCGGCAAUCCUGGCUUGGGAGACGGGGAACGAGCUGGGAGCAUAUAUGAAUGCGCAAGGCGCUCCACCGGCAGCAUGGACACAAGCGAUUGCGCGAUAUAUCAAGAGCAUCGAUAAGCACCACCUUGUCAUCGAUGGCAGUGACGGUCUUGUCAAUGCAGACGGCAGCAGCAUACCAGGUCUAAGUAUCUCAGAGAUCGACAUUGUGUCGGAUCAUUUGUAUCCGCUCAAUGUCAAUCUGUUUGAAACGGAUGUAGCUGCCGCAGUCACAGCGCAGAAAGCGAUGCUUUUCGGCGAAUACGAUUGGACCGGACAACACGGCGGCGAUGAUCUAGGCAGCUUUAUCGACGCAAUCGAAGCCAAGAAAUACUCGAGCGAGCUCAUGUGGAGCAUCUUUGGCUUCGACGGUCAAUGCUGCAAUUACGUUAGGCAUGGCGACAAUUAUUCGCUUUACUACCCGAACGGCGGCGACGGUGACAUGCAGGCGCGCGCACUUCAGCUUUCUCAGCACUGGUCAAAGCAAGUUCCUUUUGCACAUGAUCCGAUGACCGGCCGGCCGAUCCCAGAAAGUCUUGUCGCAGCCGCCUGCCCUCAGCCAGACUUGCCUGGAACCUAG